AUGCUGCUGCUGCUGCUGCCCCUGCUGUGGGCAGGGGCCCUGGCUCUGGAGGGCUUAUUCCAUCUGGAGGUGCCGGAGUCGGUGAUGGUGCAGGAGGGUCUGUGCGUCCUCGUGCCCUGCACUUUCUUCAAUCCGAGGUACCCCUUCAGCAGGAAUGACCGUGAUCAUGGCUACUGGUUCCGGGAAGGAGACAAUCCUUUACGGGAUGCUCCAGUGGCCACAAACGAUCCUGCUCGAGAAGUGCGGGAGGAGACCCGGGGUCGAUUCCGCCUCCUGGGUAAUCCCAGGGAGAAAAGCUGCUCCCUGAGCAUCAGAGACGCCAGGAGGAGGGACAGUGGUUUGUACUUCUUUCGUAUGGAGGAAGGAUGGAUGAAAUAUAAUUACAAAAGUCCCCCGUUGUCUGUGCAUGUGACAGCCCUGACCCACAGGCCGGACAUCCUCAUCCCAGGAGCCCUGAAGUCUGGCCGCCCCAGGAACCUGACCUGCUCUGUGCCCUGGGCCUGUGAGCAGGGGACACCCCCCAUCUUCUCCUGGAUUGGGACCUCUCUGUCCCCGCUGAGCCCCACCACAGCCCUCUCCUCGGUGGCCACCCUCAUCCCACAGCCCCAGGACCACGGCAGCAGACUCACCUGUCAGGUGACCUUGCCCGGGGCUGGUGUAACCACGACCAGGACCAUCCGACUUAAUGUAUCCUACCCUCCUCAGAAUUUGACCUUGACUGUUUUCCAAGGAGAUGGCACAGCAUCCACAACCCUAAGAAAUGGAUCAUCUCUUCAGGUCCUGGAAGGACAGUCUCUACACCUGCUCUGUGCUGUUGAUAGCAAUCCUCCUGCCGGGCUGAGCUGGGCCCAGGAGAACCUGAUCCUGAGCCCCUCACAGCCCAACUCUGGGAUGCUGGAGCUGCCUCAAAUGCACCUCAGGAAUGAAGGAGAAUUCACCUGCCGAGCUCGGAACCCCCUGGGUUCCCAGCAGGUCUCCCUGAGGCUCUUUGUGCAGAGGAAAUCAGGGCCCAUGGCAGAGGUGGUUCUGGUGGCCAUCGGGGAGGCCGCUGUAAAGAUCCUGCUUCUCUUCCUCUGUCUCAUCGUCCUCAGAGUGAAGUCCCACAGGAGGAAGGCAGCAAAGGCAGCUACAGGUGUGGAGGCUGCAUAG